AUACAUCAAUACACAAUCUUAUACGACCUCUUGGACAUCAGAACGGUGAUAGGGCUGGACACAUGGACCUGGGUGGGUCUAGCCGGGGUUGGAGCCCUGCUGUGCGUGGGUGUAGGUGCUUUUAUUAUCCGCAGUCGACGGAGGAAGCUAGCUGCCCCACGUGACGUUGUGGUGGUCCACCACUUUUUCGGCAGAGGGUUAGUGGUACCCAGCAAGUCCCCAUUCCCGAUGAAGCUUGAAACUUUUUUGCGUAUGACCAAAACACCGUAUAUGAAUGACCACAGCGGCCGAAUGUCGACGAAAGGUAAGACCCCCUGGAUUGAAUACAACGACACCCAGGUAACAGACUCACAGUUCUGUAUUGAGUUCAUCAAAAAGAAAAUGGACAUCGACUUAAACAGGAGCCUGAGUGAACAACAGAAAAGCAUUGCCAGGGCCUUCCUCAAACUGAUAGAGGAAAACUUUUACUGGACCAUGUGCAUUGAAUUGUUUUGUAACGAAGACAACAUACCACUGUUAAAGACCCAGGCCCCCCUGAAGGGCCCCGGGUUCUGGCUUUACUAUUGGUUUGUAAAGCGCGCCAUCAAGAACGCCACCUGGGGGCACGGUAUUGGGCGCCACAGUGUGGAUGAGGUUUGGAGCAUAGCACAGGGCGACAUUGAGGCGCUGUCUCAUUUUCUAGGAAAUAAGAGGUAUUUUAUGGGUGACGAGCCUAGCGAGAUAGACUGUUCAUUGUUUGGAAUGUUAUCUCUGCUCCUUGUGUCCAUGCAAGGAACGAGAUACGAGGCUUUCACCAAACAGCACCAUCCUAACCUGUUGACCUACUUCCAGAGGAUGAAGUCAACCUAUUGGGCGGACUGGGACAAUCUCAUCACUUCUAGCGAAAGCUUCAAAAACGAUCACGGAAAAGUGUAUUUCGCUGAAAAUGUCGUUAAAAAAUGAUUUUGAUCAUUUAACUAAUGUUACGGGUUAUUACGGGCCGCCAGAAGGCGAUCCGUUAUUUGAUAUACAUUUAAUGGUUAUUUUUAUGAAUUAAAAGUACAUUUUCAUGUAGAAAUA